ACUUCGUUAACAUUCUUGCACAAUUGAACAACAACAACAACCGCAUCGUCACUCAUUUUCACACACUAUUUCCACACACUCAUCCAAUGUCUUCUUCUUACGUACCUCCACACCUCCGUAACUCCACCACCAAAACCACCUCAACAACCCUAGACACCACCACCACAAACCACCACAAGCUCACCUCUAAAUCCGCCACCAAUGCCUUCUCCAAUGCAGCUCCUCCUCGCCGGACCUCCUCCAAUAACCUCCUCCAACCGCCGCGUGACGUGUUUCCGCCGUGGAAGCCUUCCGAACGCGUUCUUCGUCUUAAACCGGAGCAGAUAGAAGAGGUCAGAUUACGUCUCAAUGUUGAUGUUGCUGUCACUUCUGACUCUCCUCCCGCACCUGCACCAAUCGAAUCGUUUACAGACAUGUGCUUGGACUCGAGCAUUAUGAAGGAUAUUGCAAUUCAUGAAUACACGACACCUACUUCUAUUCAGGCACAGGCGAUGCCUGUUGCUUUAAGCGGAAGGGAUCUUUUAGGCUGUGCAGAAACAGGCAGUGGCAAAACUGCUGCUUUCACAAUACCCAUGAUACAGCAUUGUAUAGCUCAGCCUUCUGUUCGACGUGGAGAUGGUCCGUUGGCACUAGUGCUGGCUCCCACUAGAGAGCUUGCACAACAGAUUGAGAAAGAGGUGAAGGCUUUCAGUCAGUCGUUGGUGAAUUUCAGAACUGCAAUCGUUGUUGGUGGAACAAACAUUUCUGAGCAGAGGUCUGAGCUUCGGGCUGGAGUUGAAAUUGUGGUUGCUACUCCUGGAAGAUUUAUCGAUCAUUUACAACAAGGAAACACGUCUCUUUCACGGAUUUCAUAUGUUGUUCUGGAUGAAGCAGAUAGAAUGCUUGAUAUGGGUUUUGAACCUCAAAUAAGAGAGGUAAUGCAUAAUCUUCCAGAAAAGCAUCAAACACUGUUGUUCAGUGCUACUAUGCCAGUGGAGAUUGAAGCACUAGCACAGGAAUAUUUGACAAAUCCAGUACAAGUGAAGGUUGGAAAGGUUAGCAGCCCUACAGAGAACGUAUCCCAAACCUUGGAGAAAAUUACCGAAAACGAAAAGAUUGAUCAACUGCUAUCAUUACUUGUUGAGGAGGCUGCACUAGCUGAAAACUUAGGUCACCGUUUUCCCUUAACAAUUGUAUUUGUGGAACGAAAGACAAGGUGUGAUGAAGUUGCUGAAGCUUUGGUGGCUCAAGGUCUAAAUGCGGUUGCUCUCCAUGGAGGUCGAACUCAAAGUGAAAGAGAAGGUGCCCUGCGUGAUUUUAGACACGGUCCCACUAAUAUCUUGGUUGCUACUGAUGUUGCAUCUCGGGGCCUAGAUGUUACAGGAGUUGCUCAUGUAGUUAACCUGGACCUUCCAAAGACAAUGGAGGACUAUGUGCAUCGAAUUGGAAGGACAGGUCGCGCAGGAUCAACAGGCCGAGCUACUUCAUUUUAUACGGAUCGUGAUAUGUUCCUUGUAUCACAAAUAAGGAAAGCAAUAGCAGAUGUUCAAUCUGGGAAUACUGUGGCUUUCGCCACCGGCAAGGUUGCUAGAAGGAAGGAGAGGGAAGCGGCAGCUGCACAGAAAGAAGCAAGGAUUGCACAAUCAAAGCUUCCACCGACGUCAAUAAAUGUUGAGGAUAAGUACAAGUACAUGAUUGCCCCUGCAAUGAUCAAAAAAGAGGGUUCUGCUGAUGAUGCUUGGGAUGAUUAAAACUCUACAAAAGGUUUUGACUUUAAACCCAUACCCCUAAGACUUCAAAAAGAAAUUAUAAACAAAAGGAAAUAUGUUUUUGGUCUUAUUAUUCAAAUAUGAUAAAAAUAAAAUGUACAGGCUGGUAGAUGAGAUGAGACUCUAGGUUGUGUAUAAUUUGGAUUAAAUUGUUAUUUUUAGAAUACAAUUCAGUCUCUUUUCACUUUUGUUUUUUA